GAUCCACGUCGUCGUUUCCCGUAGGUAAAGCAUCCUGCUCAAGCUCGCCUUCGCGACCGCCACUGCAAACACCCAACAACGAACAACAGCGAGCUGCUGCUGCUUCUUCAGGAGCCGCCAUUGACGAUGGCUCUGCUCAAGCGAAGCGCCCGCCUCCGCCUCGCUCUCCCUCGCCUCCCGCCUCUCUCCGGCGGUCCUCUCUCUUACUCCACCGGCCACCUUCAAGAAGAGCGAGAAGGAGACGGAGAAGGAGAAGGAGAAGAAGAAGAGCCGGGAAGCCGCGAGCUCGCCGCCCCCUCUCCUCCUCUCUCCCCCGAAGAAACCCUAGUCGCCGACAACCUCCACGCCCUGAUCAGGGAGCACCACCGCCGGAACCCCGGCCUUCUCGCCCCCACCCUCGCCCCGCCGCCGGACCCCCGCCUCACCAUCCCCGCCCUCUCCCUCGACUUCUCCCGAGUCUCCCCCGCCCGCCCCAUCUCCUCCCGCGUCGUCCGCCGCGUCGUCGAGAGAUGCGGCGACCUCCGCCACGGCGUCCCCUUCCUCCAGGCGCUCGCCUUCUUCAACUGGGCCGCCGCCUCGUCGCAGCAGGCGGAGCUCGCGUCCCCGGCUCCUUACAACGAGAUGAUCGACCUCGCCGGGAAGGUCCGGCAGUUCGAGGUGGCGUGGCACUUGAUCGACCUCAUGAAGUCGCGAGGUAUUGAGAUUAAGGUGGGGACUUUCGCGAUUUUGAUCCGCCGUUAUGUUAGGGCGGGAUUGGCUGCCGAGGCUGUCCACGCCUUUAAUCGGAUGGAGGAGUACGGUUGCCGGCCUGAUAAGGUCGCCUUCUCGAUUGUUAUUAGUAUGUUGAGUAAGAAGAGGAGGGCGGUCGAAGCUCAAUCUUUUUUUGAUAGUCUGAAGGAUAGGUUCGAGCCUGAUGUCGUUGUGUACACUAGCUUGAUUCAUGGGUGGUGCCGAGCCGGUAACAUCUCCGAGGCGGAGAGGGUGUUUGGGGACAUGAAAACGGCGGGGAUAAAGCCCAAUGUGUAUACUUAUAGCAUUGUGAUUGAUGGGCUGUGUAGGUGCGGGCAAAUUACACGUGCCCAUGAUGUUUUUGCGGAGAUGAUUGAUGUUGGGUGCCAACCGAAUUCUAUAACCUUUAACAAUUUGAUGCGAGUUCAUGUGAAAGCCGGCAGGACCGAGAAGGUUCUGCAGGUGUAUAAUCAGAUGAAGAGGCUCGGGUGUCCGGCGGAUACGAUUACUUAUAAUUUUCUCAUCGAGACUCAUUGUAAAGGCGAAAGUCACGAGGAAGCUAUGAAGGUGCUUAAUUCGAUGGUUAAGAAAGGCUGCAACCCCAAUGCAUCCACUUUCAAUCCGAUAUUUAGAUGCCUUGCAAAAUUGAGAGAUGUAAACGGUGCUCACAGGUUGUAUGCUAGGAUGAAGGACUUGAAAUGUACGCCUAAUACAGUGACGUACAAUAUACUGCUGCAGAUGUUUGCUGACUCAAAGUCAACUGACAUGGUUAUCAAGUUGAAGAAGGAAAUGGAUGAGAAUAACGUGGAGCCCAAUGUGAACACAUUCCGGAUUUUGAUCUCGAUGUACUGUGGGAUGGGGCAUUGGAACAAUGCCUACAAGUACUUUCUAGAAAUGAUUGAAGCCAAGUGCUUGAAACCUGGUUUGCCUGUUUAUCAGAUGGUUCUAGAGCAGCUUAGGAAGGCAGGGCAGCUGAAGAAGCAUGAGGAGUUAGUGGAGAAAAUGGUGGAUAGGGGAUUUGUUGCUCGACCUUUGUAGGAUUGCGCUCACCUGCAAAUGCAGGUCAAGUAAGUUACAUAAUGUCCUAGCAUUAGUUUCCAAACAAUCUUUUUUGUUUUUUCUUCAUGUUGAAAUGCAUAAGAAUAGAGUUUAGCAUUUGACAUUUCUUCAGGGCAACAAUAUAUUAAUGCGGAACUAUACUUUGUUGCCUUGUUUGUAACUCAAAAGCAAAUUCUGGUAUGAAUAUUUAUCGGUGAUCUCUCUUCCUCUGGAA